AUGCCUGGUGAUUUGUUUGUGUUGAGGAAUGCUGGCAACACUUGCACUCACGCCGAAGGCAGCAUGGUGGGCAGUUUGGAGUUCUGUACGGGAAAGCUCGGUGCCCGCAUGAUUUUGGUGCUCGGUCACACCAAUUGCGGUGCGGUGUAUGGUGCCACGAAUGCCUACUUGGCAGCAAAGAAGUCGGGCACAGCCAGCGUGGAGUCGGCUUUGGAGGGUCUUUUGCUGGACUUGGCUCCCGUUGCAGAGAAGGCGGUGGCUGAGAUGCCUCACCAGAAUGCAGACGACAUUGCAGCCUAUGCUGUCCGGGUGAACGUGUUCCACACCAUCGACUUCUUGCUGAAGUACAGUGCUGGGUUGCGCGAGAAGGUGAAGAGUGGGCAGGUCGAGAUUCAAGGUGGCAUCUACCACCUGGAGUCUGGAAAGGUGGAAUUCAUGGGAUGCUCUCCGCAGCAGUCAGCCCUUUUGAGCACCAACCUUGGGCUUCCUCCAUCCAUGACUCGUGAGGGUGGCCGCACUUCUGGCUAUGGCCCUGCAACCCAAGGUGAGCAUGGCGUGCGCACAACUGUAGACAGUGCUGUUCCUGCUGAGGAAGCUUUGAAGAUCCUGAAGGCUGGCAAUGAGCGCUUUGCUGUGGGCGCUCCUUUGGCCAAGCAUGCCACUUCGAAGAUGCGUGAAGCUUUGGUGAGCCAUGGGCAGGCCCCACACACUGCCAUCCUGGGCUGUGCAGAUUCCCGUGUGCCAGUUGACACAGUGUUCGAUGCCAUGCCAGGUGAUUUGUUUGUGUUGAGGAAUGCUGGCAACACUUGCACUCACGCCGAAGGCAGCAUGGUGGGCAGUUUGGAGUUCUGCUGUGGCAAGCUUGGAUCCAAGUUGAUUUUGGUGAUGGGUCACACCAAGUGCGGAGCCAUUGCAGGAGCGACGGCCACUUACCUCGCCAACAAAGGCGCAGAAGGCAAGGCCAUGAAGAGUGCAGGCAGCGCACUGGAGGGUCUGCUAGUUGGCCUGUCUGGUGUGGCAAAACAGGCUGAGGAGGAGCUUGGCCCUGGUGCUGAUCAAGAUGAGUUGGUGUCCCUCAGUGUGCGUGUGAACGUCUUCAGCUCCAUUGAUUUCCUGUUGAAGUACAGCCCAUCUCUCAAGGAGCUUGUGAAGAACGGCAACUUGGAAAUCCAGGGUGGAAUCUACCACCUGGAAACAGGUCGAGUGGAGUUCCUCGGCCGCUCGCCCAGGCAAGCGGAAUUGCUCCGCUCUGACACGGCUUCUGUGCCACCAUCCCUGCAGGCAUUGCCCAUCCGCACAACAACAGAUGGACCUUUGCCAUCCAAGGAGGCAUUGAAGCUGCUGAAGGAGGGCAAUGCUCGCUUCACCUCUGGUGCUGCCAUUUCAGGAAAGAUCACUCCAGGCAUGAGGAAGGCAUUGGUCAACGAGGGUCAAGCUCCCCACACGGCCAUCAUCGGCUGUGCCGACUCCCGAGCACCUUUGGAGACCGUGUUUGAUGCCAUGCCUGGUGACAUCUUUGUGCUGCGCAAUGCUGGCAACACAUGCACCCAUGCUGAGGGCAGCAUGGUGGGCAGCUUAGAGUUUUGCCUGGGUGCUCUCAAGACCAAGAUGGUGUUGGUGCUGGGGCACACUGCCUGCGGAGCCAUCAAGGGUGCCACCUCAACGUACUUGCAAUCCAAGACCGGCAACGCACCCCAGGUCUCCAAAGCUCUGGAUGCCCUGCUGGUUGGCCUCAGCGAUGUGGCCAAGAAGGCCUCGCAGGAGUUGGGUCCCAACGCCACGGAGCAGCAGAUUGUGGACCGGACCAUCAAACUGAAUGUCUUCCACACUAUUGACUGCCUGCUGCAGUACAGCCCAUUGAUCCGAGAGAAGGUGGCGGCAGGUGAGGUGGAGAUCCAGGGUGGCAUCUACGAUCUGGAGACGGGUCAUGUGGAGUUCUUGGGCCAAAGCCCAGCUCAAAACAUCUUGAUGAAAUCUGGUGCUACGUUUCCAGCAGUGCUUCGACCAGUCCAACAUCAAGCAUCAGAUUUCACAUUUUUGGAUGCGUCCAUGAUGUGCCCCAUGUACAUCGCAGACAGCAUUGUGAACAUGCUCAGCCGCAUCGUGCUUCCUUUGAUCAAUGAGAUCAGCAUUCCGCCAACAACAUGUUGGCUCAAGAUUAGGUCACCAAGAGGCCGUUCUCAAACGAGAAGAGGAGUUUCUUUGCCUGCAACAACCGGAUAUGCCCCUGGAAGUGCAAACGCCUCCGUCCCCUUUGUCUUCGAGGAGCAACUCAGUCGAGCCCGAAUGAGCAUGGACACUUUACAAGCAGAAGUUGGCAAGGCAGUUCGAGAACUUGCAGGUCACCAGAAAACUCUUGUUGACACCCUUGAGCGUCAGCAGCAUGAGCUGAAUGAUUUACGAGCCCAAAGAGUUCCAAUCCCUCCAAGUGCUUCUCAGUCAGUGGCGGCUGCCAAUGAGGAUCGCUUCGGUGCCAUGGGAGAAGCCAGUCCUUUUACUUCUGGACAAGACCCGCCCAUCCAAUUGCCAGUGAAUGCUCAGCAAGGUGCAGGUGGACUUGCAUCGGCGAUGCCAAAUACUGCAGUGAAUGCGAGCUCAAGCACUGGACAUGGGGUAAAAAUUGUCUUACCCGAUGGUACGGAGAUCCCCUUGGGCGGCCAGUCAAAUGCCGCGGGUCCUAAAGUUCCUGGAUCCACACAGCUAGAUGCGCUGCAGAGAAGCGACAAGUGGCUGCCUAGCAUGCCCGUGGUCGAGUCGAAUCGGUGGAAAAGCCGAAUGGAGGAGAUUUUGGGCAUGGAACAGUGGCUCGAUUCAUUUUGCAAUUGGCUAUCUUUGAUUUCAGAGCCAUUUUGCACAGAAGUGAAGUUUUCUGCGACUUCUCCGCUGCCAAUUGACAAGAAAGAUUUGUCAACUGACCAGAUUUCCCGAAGCUCCAGGCUCAUGGCAAUGCUUCGCCAGACCUUCCAGAUGACUCCGCGAGCCAAAAUCAUUCUGCUUGCUUAUGUAGAAGGCCCUGGAGAUAAGAACGGGUAUGAGGCUUUGCGAAGGAUUGUCCAAGAAUACAUGAUCAAGACUCGUGCUGAGUUGAUGCAUUUCCGCACAUCUUUGCUUGGCCGAACUUUCAAAGCUCAAACAGUGACAGAGGUAAUCAAGCAAAUUGAGUUCGAGGAGAGCCGGUACAACAAGCUUGCUCGGAUGUUGCCCUCGAAUGUACCAGCUUCCGAUUUGGCCCUGCUCCCUAGUGAUUUGGUGAUGGUCCUCAUCAAAUCCUUGCCUGUUGGUGUGAGGGAAUAUGUUGUCAUGCAUAGCCCAAGCCAUGACUAUGUGCAAAUGAAAAAUGCCGCUUUGUUGUACGAAGCCAACCAGAGAACUUGGACAGAGAUUGCAGGCAGCAGUUCUGCCACCUACAUGCAUGGAAUGUUUGACACGAAUGACAAGCCGAAAGGAAAGGGCAAAAGCAAAGAUGGUAAGAAAGGAAAGGGGAAAGCAAAAGAUUCAAAUAAAGGUGCAGCUAAGGGCAAUGGUGAAAAGUCAGAGAAGGAAAGGAAUGCCACGUGUUUCCGAUGUGGUCGCACAGGCCAUUUCUCUUCAAAUUGUCAUGCCAAGAAAGACAAGGAUGGCAAGCCGCUUGAAGGGAAGCCCGCUCCAAAGAAAGAUGGAAAGGGAUCUGGUGAAGAGAAAGGUUCCAGCACAGGUCCUCAGAACAAAGGAAAAGGCAAAGGAUCCAAAGGUAAGAAAGUCAAUGAAAUGCUUGAGCAGCCUGAAGGCGAAUCGUGGCCUACCAAUGGUCCAGCUGAAAGUCAGGGUUCCAACGGAGAUGGCAGCCGUGCGUCAGCUGCGAAGCAAGCAGCAGCCCCUUUGAAUCCCAUUUUGCCUACUCAGUCUUGGUUUGAAGACACGAUCGUGCAGUUUGAGCGAGAGCAGAUCACAGAAGAGCAGUUCGAUUUGGUCCACGGAUCAUUUCUCAUGGAGGAACAAUUUUCUUCUGAUUUUGAUUUUUCAUGUUUUGGAAACCCAUCAGAUUUGUGGAGUAAAACCAAGCAUGUUUGUACCAUGUCAGCUGCAGUUUUCAUGCCAAUGAUGCCAGAUGUCCCAUCAGAUUUGCACUGGUGGCUCAUUGAUUCAGGAGCAUCAGCCUCUGUUGUGAGUUCUCGCUUCCUGAAACACUAUGAAGUAGUAAAGAAUCAAGUGCUGGGACCAGCAACCGGCCCUGGGUUUUCAUCGGCAAGCGGUGAGACAAUUCAUCCAACUUCCCUUGUUUGCUUGAAAGCAUUUUUCCGCUUGACGUCCAGAGAAGAUCCUUCAGACACCAUGUUGAAAGAGUGCUUAGUUUCAGCUUUUGUAGCAGAUGUUCCCAAUAAUGUUUUGUCAGUGGGCAGCUUGCUGCGAAAGGGUUGGUCAUUAAGCAGUUCCGGAAGUGAAUUGGAAGUGUGCUUUGGAGGAUACAAUUUGGACUUGGUGACAUGGCAGAAUGUGCCAUGGAUUUUUCACGAAGUUGAGACGGUCAUGGACUUUUCCGAUGAUCGCGAUUUGCAGAAGACAUUUUGGAGCCGUCGGAAAAUCCAUGAUGGUCCGGUGAACACGGUUGAGCAUUUGAGCGAAACUGACAAAUCCAUGUUGAUGACAACCAAGAGACAGCCAGAUGUUUCAUUGGAAGAACUUGACCCCGCUGCUGCAUCCUCUUCUAGCCCAGCAUAUGUUAGUAGUAGGCCUGUUUCCGAUAGUGAAUCUCCAUACCGUGAAAGCCUCAGUGUGGAGCCUAACUCUAUUCCGGAUUCGAGCGAGCCUUUUGAUUAUGAGCCCAAUAUGAUUGUAGACACAAACACAGGAUUUGCAUCCAUUCCUUCAGAAGAGUCUUCAGAGCAUCCAGCUGUAUUGCGAAAACGAGACUUGAAUAAAUCCAAGCUUGAACAACACCGCCGUCAAGGCCAUUUUCCAUUCCAUGCAGAUUGCCUUUCUUGCCAAGCAGCCAAGUCCACGACUCACCACAGAAGAAAGAAGAAGUCGGUGUUGAGCAGUGAGAUGGCAUGUGAUUUUUUCUUCUUGAACUUGGAUAAAGCAAACAAAGAGUCUUUCAAGUAUCUAAUCAUGGUAGAUUUGACCACUGGAAUGAAAGGCGUGGCCCCUGUCCAGUCGGACAUUCGUUUGUCGCACCGAUGGAUACAGGCCUGGCUUGGCGAAUUCAAUAUGUCCACAGAAUGCUCCGAGCCAAUUGAAAUUAUCACGGACGCAGAAGAAGCUGUUUCAAGUUUCAUGAAAGGUGCCAUCAACCACAGGCCAGCUUCAUUUGUCAAAGCGCCGCCGCAAGGUCACCAGACCAUUGGUGGAGCAGAGGCUGGAGUCCGAGCCAUUAAAGAUGCGUUCAACACUCUUCGGCAAGACUUGCGUGAGAAUGGCUGUGAUGUUUGCAUCAGGAAUCAGACAGCUGUGAAUGUGCCAGCUAGCUUGAAGAAAGAUUGCAUUUCCCGAUUUGAGAAGGUGCGACGUUUGAGUGGCAAGCAGAAGCCACCGCCAGGCCUGGGUGAAGCUGAUCAACCCGUCCAGCAGAGGUUUCCAGACUUUCCAGCAAACAGAGAGAAACGAGUUUCGUUUGAUCUUCCAAAGAAUCAACCCAUACCAGAAAGUCUCCCAGUUGAAGGGGGUCAACAUCUCGAUGAGAAUCCACAUGAUGUUCCAUAUUCGCCCAGCCUUGCACCCAGUUCUCCAAAGGCGUUGGACGAGCCAGAAGUCAUCCAUGACAUGGAAGUAGACGACUCUGCUGACGGAAUGGUAGAUCUAAGUGAAUUUGCAGCUGCUGGAGGCGAACCUACAGCCACGGAAGCUAUGGAGCUAGAUUUGGUAACAGCCUUGGAUAACUUUGAGCUUUCGUAUUUAGAAGAGCGUCACAUUGGCAUGUUGCAAUCGGUUUAUCAGAUCCGUGGAGUGAAACCCAAGAGCAGCAAGGCAAACCUUUGUGGGGAAGAAAUCUUACUUUUGUUUCCUGGAUAUGUCAUCAGUGACGCCAAUGGCCAAUAUCUUGACAAAGACCUUGCGUAUGCAGGGAUGCACACUGAAAUCGAUUCCAUGACCAGUCAGAAGGUUGGCAGACCAAUCCAUGAGCAGGAAGCCCAGCGUCUUGCCAAGCAAUGGCAGAUUAGUAUAAUCACUUGCCGAUGGGUUUGUGUUGAGAAAGAUCCCUUGAAUGUUCGCAUGCGACUAGUUGCACGGGAAAUGGCAAAAGGAAAGAGUUCUGCCCGUGACCUCAUGGUUUCUUCGCCUACUUCCAGCAUUGAAUCUUUGAGAAUCCUCAUUGCAGAAGCAGCAGUCCUGGACCUGGUGAUUCUAGGCCUGGACAUCAGUGCUGCAUUCAUGGCUUCUCCUCUAGGAAAUUCAGACACGACUGAAUAUAUCCCAGCAGAUGCCGAGCCCACUGAAUCAACGCAAGUUUCUGAGUUGGAACAAAUUUUGAAACUGAGCCAAAGCCUCGCCGUUGCAGCAGAUGAGUUCACUUUCGAGCUACCCAAGAGAAAUAGGCCUGGACGUGCGAUUUUCAGUGAGAUGAUGAGCCGAUGGGCCAUGCAAUUGAGAUUCAGCCAGCGAAAGGGGGUGCGAAUGUCAUACACCUCUUUCGAUGCGUAUUCAUUGUUUGGUCGCUGGCGGACUCUCAACCAAUCACUAAUCACUUGCUGCAAGCUACGAGCAAAUGUUGCCCCAACAAAACAUAAAAAAAACAAACUUGCUUUUAGCAAAGUCUUCAAGUCUAUUUGA